CAUGUAUAAACACUUGAUUUUUUAAGUGAAAAAGAAAUAUGUAUUCCACACCAAUUCAAAUUCACAGGGUGUCAAAAAUAUAAUCAUAAGUUGAUGACAAAUGUUAGAAGUGCAAAUCUCGUUUCUAUACCAUGACCAUUUUUUAUUAUAGAAUAUAAUAUAGAAUAGAAAAAUAUUCUAAACUCAAAGAUCAUAACGGCAUAACCUCACAAAUAUUGUCGGUGUGAAUAAAAACCUUUUGGGUUGAUAUUUUAUUAUUGAAACUGAAAAUGUCUGAAAUUGACUCAUCCACAUUCAAGCAAAACUUCGAGGAUAUCAAGAGUAAUAUCAAAGCUGCAAAAUUCAUCGGUAUCGACUUGGAAUUCAGUGCUUUGAAUCCUCUCUCUAAUUAUGCUCCAAGUUUAUUCGAUACCCCAAAACAGAGAUAUCAUAAACUAAAAAAAAAUGUUGAAAACUCAAUUCCCUUACAAAUAGGAUUAACUGCCUUUAAAUUUGAUGCUGAUGCAAAUCAUUAUGUAGGGAAAGCAUAUACUUUCUAUGUAAAACCUGCUCUGUUUUCUCAUGUGAACAGGUAUUUUCAUUUUGAGACUAGUUCUAUUGAGUUUUUAGCCUUUCAUAAUUUUGACUUUAAUAAGUGCUUUUUGAAAGGUAUACCCUACAUGAGUAGGAUUCAAGAAGAAGACUUGAGAAGGAAGCUCAAAAAUAAUGAAAUUUAUGAAACUAAUAUGAAUUUUAUGGGUGAAAUAAGGUCUUGUUUAGAUAAUGUUUCAAAAAUAGUUAAUGAAUGGUACGAAACAGCAACAAUUGGUGAUAUAUUGCUUCUGGAUGAUUUUUCUAGCAGAUAUCAAACUGACAUAGAGUUCAAAUUUUGUUUCCAUAAAUUCAUCAGAAGAAACUUUUCAGAUAUUUGGAUUUUUCCACAUCGGAUAUUAACAUUAAACAGAGUUGAUGCUAAGGAAUUGAAUGAACUGAAUGAUGAAAAUGACUUCAAUGAAGAGAUAAUUGAUUCUCUUCUUGGCUUUGGAAAAGUUUAUAAACUUCUUGUUUCGUUGAAGAAACCUAUUAUCGGCCAUAAUGCCCUGAUGGAUGUUCUCAUACUUCUCACAAACUUUGAAGGAAAUUUACCGGAUAAAUAUGAUGAUUUCAAAAAAUUGUCCACAAAACUAUUUCCUAUAAUUUUUGACACUAAGCAUAUCUAUUAUAAUAUACAAAGAAAAAAUCCUGAAGAAAAACGUUGUAAUAAUACAGACUUGAAAUCUUUAUAUGAGUUCUUCAGUGAUGGAGUAGGUAGACAUUUAACAAAGAUGGAUUCAACCAGUAUACAAAUUGAAGGAGAUAAAGAACUGAUUGGGAAGUACCACAAUGCAGGUUGGGAUGCAUUUUGUGCAGGUUACAUUUUUAUUCGGUUAGCAUUUUCUGAAAUGUGCCAAAAACAUCCAUCAGGUAAAAUAUUUAUGCCAACAGAAUAUUUGAGAGGAAUGUCGCAGUAUAAUAAUUGUUUGAAUGUAAUUAGAUGUUCUGUAAAUCACAUUAAUUUGAAUGGUGAAGAUCCUCCAAGUAUUAGGCCACCUUACUAUGUGAUAGAACCUCAAGGAAAUAAAAAACUCGAUUUCAUGGAGUUGACUUCAGCUUUGAGUGCAUUCGGCAGUAUAGAAAUCAAACCGAUGUCUUGGAAAAAUAGUAAAGCAUUAAUAGCUGUCGACAACUAUUCCAGUGCUAAAUCCAUGAUUCGAGAAUUCAACAAAACGAAGAAGUUCAAAGUACAAGAGUAUAGUUUCAUUAGGCAUUCUCCAAUAGUGCGUGCUGCCCUCUGGAGCGGUGUAACGUUAUCUGGUAUGACUUUGUUGUUACUGAUGGUUACAAAUAGAUGAUUUGUUCAUUGGUGAGGAAAUGUUUCACAGUAUUAUAACAAUUAAGUACAAAAAUUUAUUUCUU